GCCAGCGCUGAUCUAGGUCUCCGCAGGAGCCCGCCCGCUGUUCCCUGCUGCGGCUGCGCCUCCUUGUUCUCAACGUCACUACUGCCGCCAUGCCCGGAGGGUUGCUUCUCGGGGACGAAGCCCCCAACUUUGAAGCCAAUACCACUAUCGGCCGCAUCCGCUUCCACGAUUUCCUGGGAAAUUCAUGGGGCAUUCUCUUUUCCCACCCACGGGACUUUACCCCAGUGUGCACCACAGAACUUGGCAGAGCUGCAAAGCUGGCACCAGAGUUUGCCAAGAGGAAUGUUAAGUUGAUUGCUCUUUCAGUAGACAGUGUUGAGGACCAUCUUGCCUGGAGCAAGGACAUCAAUGCUUACAAUGGUGAAAAACCCACAGAAACGUUACCAUUUCCCAUCAUCGAUGAUAAGGACAGAGACCUGGCCAUCCUUUUGGGCAUGUUGGAUCCAGCAGAGAAGGAUGGUAACAACAUGCCUGUGACGGCCCGUGUGGUGUUCAUUUUUGGCCCCGACAAGAAACUAAAGCUGUCUAUCCUCUACCCAGCUACCACGGGCAGGAACUUUGAUGAGAUUCUCAGAGUGGUUGACUCUCUUCAGCUGACAGCAUCAAAGCCAGUUGCCACCCCAGUUGAUUGGAAGAACGGAGAGAGCGUGAUGGUCGUUCCCACCCUCCCUGAAGAGGAAGCCAAACAAUGUUUCCCUAAAGGAGUCUUCACCAAAGAGCUCCCGUCUGGCAAAAAAUACCUCCGUUAUACACCCCAGCCUUAAGUCUUUGCGGGAAUUGGGGCUGCUGCUGCGCGCCCAGCACUGGGACCUGAGGAUGCUGGCUGACAGCCGUGGGUCCUUGCAGCAGUUCCAUAGAAAGAUCAUGGCGUGAUCACACCCGGAGAAGUCGUAUAGGUCUCUCGCUGUGCUACUGGGUCAUUAAAUGGAAAUGGCACCAAAUUUUCUCGGGAUUCUUUACUCUGUGCCUUCACCAGCCUUCUGCCCCUCCACCUGUCACAGUGCCCUGCUGACUGGCUUUCUUUGAAAGGAAUUAUGUAUUGGAGACUCCUUAGGUCUCUGCAGGGUCUGUGAUAGUGCAGUGUGGGCUCCAUGCUAGAAUGAUUAAACACCUUUUGUAGCUUUCCGAACUGAAUCUUCUGUUACCCAUUUUGGAGAGCGCUAAAAUGGGGAGAAACUUUCAAUUCUGUAUUUUUAGUAAAUAAAGUGGGAACAGCCCAGGAGAAUUCUUUAGGGAAUCCAUUGUAAGUUUCUAUCAAAGUGGGCUCAGAAAGCCUUUCACCUCCAAAGAGUGCAUAUGUACCUCCUGGAGUUUCCACGUCUGCUUUCUGGUGAUAUCCACAUGUGAACGUACCUUAUAAAAGACAGGCAGUGACAAUGUUUUACCACUAAAUGUCCUAGUAGUGGGUUGCCAUUUCUGAAUUCUGCUUUUUGAGGUUCAACAAAUAAAAACCUGAUCAAAAAA